AUGAUCCCUGAUGUGAAGGGCAAGCUCACUGGCAUGGCCCUGCGAGUCCCGACAAUCGAUGUCUCUGUCGUUGACCUUACCGUCGAAUUGGAGAAGGAAACGACCUAUGAGGAGAUUUGCGCAGAGAUGAAGAAGCGAUCCGAGGGUGACAUGAAGGGCUUCCUUGGCUACACCGAUGAGGCGCUUGUGUCCACUGACUUCGAGACUUGCCCCAUCUCCUGCACCUUUGAUGCCAAGGCAGGCAUCAUGCUUGAUCCCACCUUUGUGAAGGUUGUGUGCUGGUACGACAACGAGUGGGGCUACUCAUGCAGGGUGGUUGAUUUGAUCAAGCACAUGGCCGCGGAGGAUGCCAAGGCAUGA